AGAUUUGGAUUGUUUCUCACUGGUAAAAUUGGACACUCCAACUCUUUAUUUUGAACUUUCUGGUUAAUGGGUAUCCAUCAAUCAUGAGAAAUUCAUAAACAAAUGAUUGAGGGAAGAAAACUAUUUUCUUUUGCAAACUUGUGAUUACUCUUCAUUAUUUUCUGCCAUAUUCUUCAAAUGUUUGAUGUUGUGUUUGAGUUUUUGCUUUAAUUACUUUUAGCCACUCUCCUCAAGCAUAGAUUCUUCUCUCUAAGUUGGAACUCCAUAGCCACACCCCUUUCUCUCUCCUAGCCGGGUGGUUUUGGAAUGGAUGAAGGUGCUCUGCUCUGCUUGGAUUCUCUCUGCUGUCGAAAAGAUUUCCUACUUUUCUCCUCGUUUUUUUAACUCUCAUUUUCAUGGAUGCCUCCUCCUUUUGAGUUUUAUAGGUGGCUUUUAGGCAAGCUGGUUUGCACAUUGCAUAUUCACUUAUUCUAUUCCCUUUUCACAGUAUAAAUACGCAUUGUCUUUCUGGGUUUUCUUCAUUGCGGCAAGAGCUUCUUUCCCAAGUCCUUUUUAUAGGUUGGGUUGCUUCUGCAGGCUCUCCAACCACUAAAAUGAGCUAUUCACAACACUCCAUGGGUUCUGGCAGUAGAACUGCUAGAAGGACAUUUGAGUUUGGAAGGACACAUGUGGUGAGGCCCAAAGGGAAACAUCAGGCAACUAUAGUUUGGUUGCAUGGUCUUGGUGAUAAUGGCUCAAGCUGGUCCCAGCUUUUGGAAAGCCUUCCUCUUCCAAAUAUUAAAUGGAUUUGCCCAACUGCCCCUACUCGUUCUGUGGCGAUUCUUGGUGGAUUUCCUUGCACUGCAUGGUUUGAUGUGGGAGAAUUUUCAGAAGAUGUUCCAGAUGAUUGGGAAGGUUUAGAUUCAUCAGCAGCGCACAUUGCAAACUUGUUGUCUGCAGAGCCAGCUGAUGUUAAACUUGGAUUAGGAGGUUUCAGCAUGGGUGCUGCGAUAGCCCUCUACUCUGCAACUUGCUUUGCUUUGGGGAGAUACACCAAUGGAAACCCAUACCCUGUGAACCUGAAGGCAGUUGUUGGUCUGAGUGGCUGGCUUCCUGGAGCAAGGAACAUUAAGAACAAAAUAGAAGGAUCGCAUGAGGCUGUGAGACGUGCUGCAAGCUUACCCAUUUUGCUAUGUCAUGGAACUUCUGAUGAAGUAGUUCCAUAUAACCAUGGAGAGAAAUCAGCCAACUUGUUGAAUGCAGCAGGAUUUCGGCACAUCACAUUUAAAUUCUAUGAUGGGCUUGGUCAUUACACAGUCCCUAAAGAAAUGGACGAGGUUCGCAAUUGGCUCACCACGAGGCUGGGGCUUGAGGGUUCUCGCGCAUAAUGUGGUGCAAAAUCAAUUUCUACUCUGAGCUUGUGAGAAAGAAUUGGGAACAAUAACAGGGGAAGAAACAAGAAUGCAUAUGUAAGAAUAGGUAUCUGAGUAACAUGGUUCAUGGGGUAUAUGGCAUAGAUAAACUAACCCUCUUUGCUUGUCUCGCACCGGUCUUUCAAAUAAAAUUUAAAUCUCUCACAUUUCUCUUGUAAAACAUGUAGGGUGCUUAGUAGUCAAUUUUACUUUCAGGACAUUUUGUACUACCUGAUAUGAUAUUUAAGCUAGUAAAGUUUUGAUUCUCUCUAU